ACGCCAACUCUGACCAAUACGGUGUCCAUAUCUUUGACCGUGUCUCUCUCUCUCUCUCUCUCUUGUUUUCCAUUUACUUACUACAUACGUCAAAUACUACAUACACAUCGUUACUCAUUUUCUAAAAACCGAAUAUACGUAUACGUAUAAACGUAUAGAGCAUCCCUUCUUCAAUUUUUUUUUCUUCUUCGUGGAAUUAACUUAAUCAAAAUAUGUACCAAUAAUUGCUCGCAUUUGUGGUGUUUUUGUUUCGUCGUGCAGAUUACGAUCUCUUUCCGCUGUGGAAAUGUUCGAGUCGGAUUUUGUGGCAAUUUAUCGUUUUUGUGUUGAGAUUGAGAUGAACGAUUUUAAAGCUGGUCGAGAGAAAGUGAUACCUUAAUUAUUUUCUCAACUAUAAGUAUCUGUGAAAUGUUACAUUAUCCCUUUCGUUUUCAUUCCUAUGACAUGUGAACGGGUUUUCAUUAUAUCUAAUUAAAAUUUCAAUGUGCCAGUGGUGAUAGUUAGUUUAAUACAUGUAUAGUGCAUCGAUAAAAUCAACUUGACAAUCAACUCGAACAACAAACUUCAUUUUUAAAAACAAAUACCUGGACGAAUAGUCACAACAUGGAAUCUGCCUCAUCAGAGCCCCCACCACCACCACCACCACCACCACCGAAACGGGUAAUAACUUCAGCAGAUGACAAAACAAACGACGAUGUCACCAACGAUACCUCGACAACAGACAGUGGCAACCUCCAGCUACCAGCAGUUCGUCCACCUCGUAAAAUCUCCAAGCCUAAAAUCACUCUAAAGAUGCCUCCGAUUGCAGCUCAAUGUCAAAUGCCAUCCUACUACCAGACGCCAGGUGGAAUCACCAUUCCAUUAACACCGGUCACCGGUUUAUCUCCAAAUUACCCCAUUAAUUUCUUCCAAGCUUAUCCGAAUAAGGCUCAAGAAUUCAUGUUCAAGCAAUUCGAAGGAUUCAAAGAUUUCACCAAAAACACAGGCAAACUGGGACUGAAUUUCGGCGAAAAGUUUGCCUUCUGGAUGUACGGCAAAGUUCGAGAACUAUCGAAAAAUGGUUUCACUCAUAUAUGCCUAUUUUUAGUCAUGUGCCUGUACUGCGCACUAGGAGGUGUAUUAUUUUUCGUCAUUGAAAACGAACAUCAACUAGAUCUUAGAAUAAAAGAUUUAGCUUACGAGAAUGCUAUGGUCAAGAACCUUACCAAAAAUAUCACUGAGAUCUUUAAUUCGACAAAACUCCUGAAACCAGACAAUGGAACACGAGAUCUACUCGUAGAAGCUGAAAUGAACAAAUUGAUAAUAUAUUUCAGAGAACAUUACAGUAUACAUAAUCAAAAUUGGGACGUAUUAAAUUGGGUGUAUUUUUGCGGAACGAUUUUCACCACGAUCGGAUACGGUCACAUAGCACCCAAAACUACGGUGGGUAGGAUAAUAACCAUCGUUUAUGCACUAUUUGGUGUACCCAUGUUCCUAAUAAUGUUGGCUGAUUAUGGUAAACUACUCACAAGAGGUAUUAAAUUCUUAUGGGCUUUUGUUAGAAGACUGUAUUAUACUGGAAGUUGCCGAAAAGUUCGACGAACCGCUCCAGUUCAGGAAAUGGUAAAAGGUGUACAAUUGGUAUUCGAUAUGACCAAACUUCGAAGACCCAGUACAAUGGCAAAAGAAGGAGAACCAACAUUUCCUUGUCCAACAUCACCCACUGGAACUCCAGCACUAAGCUCUUACACAAUAGAUGAUGAAUUCAAUAUACCAGUAUCAGUAGCUUUUGCCAUACUAGUGCUUUAUAUGUUAGCUGGAGCAGUUCUGAUUGCUUAUAUCGAAGGAUGGCCAGUAUUCGAGUCGUUCUAUUUUGUAUAUAUUUCUAUACUGACUAUCGGAUUGGGUGAUUUGGUUUUGACAAGUACAGGGUUCCUUUGGAGUCUGUUGUAUUUGAUUUUUGGUUUAGCUUUGACCAGUAUGUGUAUAAAUGUCGUUCAAGAAAAACUAUCGGAUUCUUUCCGACAAGCUACGGCCAAAAUAGGAGCCACGAUGGGCUUGGAAGUCACCGAUGAUAUGGUUCUAAAUGUGCCAGUCAUGAAUCAAAACCAAACAACGGAUAUUCAAUAAUAUUCAUUUCCUAAACGUGUAUAUAUUUUUGUAUUUUCAAACUUUAAUCUAAUUCAGUUCGAAUUAGAAAACUCUAUAUAUUGAAAAUGUGAUGUAGUUUUAGCUAGGUAUGUAAUGUUUCAUAUUGAAUUAAAUAAGAUACGUACUUA